GUGGGCGGGUUUUAUUAUGCUUUACAUUAAGGAACUGUGUUUAGCACACAUCAGGUAAAAACAAGUUGCAAAUGAACUGUCACUUUGUAAAUCUCCGUAACGCUUGAGCGAGAACUACUACAACUAGUUUGUAAAUACUGUUCUCAGGGAAUCAUUCAGGAUGUGGGGACAUAAAGGCCUUUUAUGCUGCUGUCUAUGGGUUUAUUUGGAUGCAGUGCCAGUUGCUGUGGAUAAGACAAAAGUGAGCCCUCCACCAGAGGAACUGGAGUCACCUAAAAGUGUAGACACUGGACUACACUAUGACCGUUAUCUCAGAGAGGUUAUUGAUUUCCUGGAAACGGACCAACAUUUCAAAGAGAAACUUCAUAACACAGACAUGGAAGACAUUAAGCUAGGGAAGCUGGCUAAAGAGUUGGACUUUGUCAGCCAUCACGUGCGCACUAAACUGGAUGAGCUAAAGAGACAGGAGGUGAACCGACUGCGCACCUUAAUCAAAGCCAAACAAGACGUGAAUGGAGAUAAAGGUAUGACAGUGGACCACCAAGCUCUUCUGAAACAGUUUGAGCACCUCAAUAACAUGAAUCCACAUACGUUUGAAGUGGAAGAUUUGGAUCGCCUCAUUAAAUCGGCCACUAAUGACUUGGAGAACUUUGACAAGGAGCAACACGAAGAGUUUAAGAAAUACGAGAUGACGAAGGAGCAUGAGAGGAGGGAACGACUUAAGAUGCUGGAUGAGGAAGCACGUAAGAAAGAAGAGGAACAUUAUGAAGAGAUGAAGCAGAAACAUGCAGACCAUGGCAAAAUCAAUCACCCUGGCAGUCAAGACCAGUUAAAAGAGGUCUGGGCGGAGACUGAUGGUUUAGACCCCAGCGAAUUUGACCCAAAGACAUUUUUUAAUCUUCACGACACCAAUGGAGAUGGUUACUUUGAUGAGCAAGAGCUUGAGGCACUGUUUACAAAAGAGCUGGAGAAGAUCUAUGAUCCCACACGUGAAGAGGAUGAUAUGCUGGAAAUGGAGGAGGAGAGACUUCGAAUGAGAGAACAUGUGAUGAAUGAGGUUGACACCAAUAGAGACAGGCUUGUUUCAUUAGAAGAAUUUAUGAUUGCCACAAAUAAGAAAGAAUUUCUAGAGCCAGAUGGUUGGGAGACUCUGGAGCAAAAUCCAGUUUACACUGAAGACGAGUUAAGAGAUUUUGAGGAGCAUCUGGCUCGUGAGGAACAAGAACUCAACCAGAAGACACAUGAUCUACACAUACAGCGAGAAGAGCUGGAGAGACAGCAGGAGCAGCUUAAUAAUCAGAAAACUGAGCUACAGCAGGCAGUAGAGCACAUGGAGAGGUUGAAAGCACAGAAAACUGAGCUUCCAGUCCAGGCAAAAGGGAAUGCAGUACUACCUGCUGUGGAGCUAUUACCUGUGGACAGUCAACCCAUACCACAAGGUCAUCAGGAAGACCUGCCAGCACAUUCUUAACCAUUGAAGCUCUUCUCAAUGUUGAGUGUGUGUGUGUGUGUGUGUGUGUGUGUGUGUGUGUGUGCGUGCGUGCGUGCGUGCGUGCGUGCGUGCGUGUCAUGUAUUUCCCUCUCUUUAUUCAAAAGGACAAGUUAUUGUCUCUCAGCACAAAAAGCUUAACAUUAUUUGAUUAUUAAGAAUAUUGACCUUAAGUUAUGAUAUGCCUAAUAGACUGCUAAAGGAUAUACAGUCACUGUUUUACUCAUCCAAUUGCUGUGAUGUUGAGCCAAUUUACUGGUAAAAGUUAUUAUUACAUUACAUAAAUGUACUAGAGAUUUUUGGUUUCUAGUUGUCUUUGAUUGGUCAUUUCAUGUAGAUUUAUAUUUCUAUAAAAUGAUUCAAUUAUCUAAGCUUCAAUGAUUUUCUGCUCUUGCUAUUACAACUGUAUAUUAAUAACUUUCACAGUGUCCUGGGAUCUGGCCACUCAUUUUUGUCCACUGUAGUGGACAUUGUUUUGUCCUCAAAUCUCUCAUAUUAUGCAUGUCCUUUUUGUUAAAUCCUUAUUUCUAAAACUGUACAUUUGGAUUUUUAAAAUCACAUCACAUGUAAGGGGAUUUGACCUUGCCAACUCGUUUCAUCUUUUCAAAAUGACCGACCUUUUAACAAGCAUAUCUUAGAAAAGAAAAAAGCCAAGGAUGAAAAUUA